ACUGUAUUGCCAAACAUGUUUAUUUAAUGUUUUUAUAUCAGCAGUGGUACGUGCCGUUGCACGUGACCGCCGUACUGCGCACGGUUCGCCCCUCAUAGAGCCGUGGUGGCACUACUCGCACCUCAUACAUCGCAGCUCCGCAGGAGAGGGCAGGACGCAGGUUCGCUCCCCGCCUCCGGACUCCGCCAGCCCCGCAGUGCGUGUGUGACCGUCGCCCCCUAAGAGAGCAGCAUGUUUUCCUGCAGAGCGGCCUGGCAGAGGUGUGGGCCUCUGGCCCGGAGGGCAGCCCUCAGGUCGCCCCGGGAUGUGGCGCCGCGGCGGGCCAUGUCCUCGGUACCCGGCGGCUCGGGGGAGAACAUCGUCUACACCCUGCUGUGUGGGGGAGCCUUUGCGGGGGCCGUGUCGUAUGCGUACAUGACGGUGACCACGGACCACGCCAGGUUCAACGAACGCAUCACCGAAAUCAAAGCCAGACCCAAGUCGGAGUGGACACCCAAACCCUGGCCACCGAAAAGCCGUGAUGAAGAAGAGGGCGGGGAAGAGGAGGCGGCCGAGGAGGCUGAGGCUGAGGCCGAGGCUGAAACUGAGGCUGAGGCUGAGGCUGAGGCCGAGGCCGGGGAAGAGGAGGCCGCCGGUGAGACUGCAGAGUCUGUAGUGGAGGAGGCUGCUGAAGUGGUGGCCGAAGCCGCCGAGGUGGUGGCAGAGGCUGCGGAGGUGGUUGCUGAGGCCGCUGAGGUGGUCGCCGAGGCCGCGCAGGAAGUGGAGGCGGUGGCAGAAGAAGUGGCCCACGCGGCCGAAGCCGUGGAAGAGGCCGCCAAGGCCGUGGCGGAGCCCGAGGAGCCCGAAAGCAAUGGUACGAGUCCCUCACCCGAGGAAGAGGCGCCCGCCUCAGAAGCCUGAGGUUCCACACAUACACCGCAGGGACACACGCACACACCUGGGUAUUUCUAAACCUCUGUAAAGGGCCGGCAACAGCAGGUCUCUCACCCCCAACGGCACCGGGCAGAACAACAACACUAGCUUUAGUCGCGUUCCCACCGUAGGCUAGCAGCCGCUCCUCAGGUGCCAGGGCUCACCUCCCCCCAAACAUUCUCUUUCGUCGUCCUGGAAGUGUAAAUUUCUUUUCUCGUGUAUUUAUUGAAGUGGGUGUAAACGGAUGGCACUGUGUGCUGCAGCAUGUUUCCUGGCACGACAUUGUUCUGGUGUGCAGCGUAGAUCAGUCAUCAUCACGCCCGUGGCCUCAGGGUCUGAGGCUAUCGGCGUCCUCUGAUUUACAGCCGAACACCACCUACUGGGAGACAUAUCCAAAAUGGCAGUGAGCUCUUUUUAAGAUGCUCAUUUGCAGUUAUGGGUGAAAUAAAUGUGAUCACUCAGUGAGCUCAAACAUCACUCAUAGAGACGUAAGGACACUAGAGAUAACAGACAAACCUGGUCAUUCCUUUCUUGGUUAGCCCUAGGCUUAUAUCAGUCUCAGCCAACCUCAGAGUAAAUAGAAACCCAGAACAGAUGCUGUGAUACUGUUUUGUUAUGAAGCCCCUUUUGCGACUCAGCUAAACACUGUAUUUCUUUGCCAUAAACCUCUGUAAUGUUGUACUGCUCUUCCAAGUAUCGCAGACUAAGUAGAUGCUUGUUCAUCCGUAACUGUGAUACUGUUGUGUGCAUCCUACUACAGACUAAACGGCUCUGUACAAACUCUGUAACUGCACAGUGUGUUCUUUUCCAUGUUAUGUGAAAUUGUCAGGAUCCAUAAGGUCAGAGAGAGUGUAAAAAAGAAAAAAAUCCAUACCAUCCUCAGUCAUCACAAGAUUCAGAACUUAUGUGAUCAUAUUUUUAUUUUGCUCACAACUGGAUAAUGAGCUUUGUGAACAGUUCCCAUCAACUCCUGGAGCCAAACAAUAAAAGCUUUUGUCAAACCAGAGAUUUACUGCCGUCUUUGAUUUGUCUGAUUUGGUCUGUCAUCUUAAGCUGUCCUGAGAAUUAUAAGAGGUUAUAUUUCAAGCCGUUCAUUCCCCUUAAAACUGUUGUGAGGAUCACAGAUUCCCCUGCAAUGCUAUUCUUAGAUGAACUCAUCUUAUGUACCACAUGAAAUCAUAAAGUUUUAGCGCGUCUCAUUUUAUUGCACACAUUUUCAGACUUUGUCCACCAGGUGGCAUUGACAAGUUCAUGUUUGUAAAGCAGUGUUUGAAAUGAUUUCCUGACCAGAAUUUCUUGCAGAUCCUCUUGCGGUUACUGUCAAAGUUGGCGGUUUCAAAAUGUGUUGUUGGAUACACUAAUGCAUCAUUGUGCUGUUGUGAUAAGUUUGCUGUUUUUGUAUCUGCAGGAGGUAGAUCAAUUUCAAUUCAAUAUUUUCUUACCAUAGCUUUUCAGUAAUGUUGUCUUAACAAUUUCCAUUCUUUUGACAUUUUUACACAAUUACCGCAGAGCUGCAUACAGUGACACCGCACAGAUUCAAUUAAGACAAAUGCCAAUAACAGAAUUUCCUGAACCGUCUGGAGGUUAUAGCUAAAUGUGUGGAGAUACAUCCUGGGCAUUAGUGACGUGUGGAUGGCUGGAUUUUGUGUUGCAGUGCCACUGGCAGCUGCCUCUACUUCAGAGGUACUGAAGACAAUGGAAGAAACGGA